CCAUCUUAACAAACUGUUUAAAACUUUAUCGCACGCGGACAUCCGCCUGAAGCAGCCUGAACCGUCACCGACAGGCUGGACUUCAAUCCGGCGGGUUCGUGCUCAGUCAGUGAGUUCGCAGAAGAAGAGUUUGGAGGUUGGACCCGCCGGGAGCUGAGCCGACAUGCAGCCGCGCUGCAGCCACUGUGGGCGGGAAGUCCAGCGGCAGAUCAAAGGCUACAAGCGGAAGUCCCUGCUGACUGUCCUCGACCUGAAGAGCGCCAACAAGCUGUUCCCGCGUCUCGAUCCGCAUGAUGCGUUCUUAUGUUUCGACUGUGUGAGAGAAGUUUAUCACAAAACGAAGAAAUGCGGAAAGAGGCGGGUUUAUGUGGACCCGAACCCCCCGAUCCGCCCGGCUCCUGCAGCCCGUCCUGCCCCCUCGGUCCCGGCGGAAGCACCUCCUCUGAAGAGGCUCAAGAAGAGACUCAGAUCAGCGCUGAAUGAACACGACUAUGCUUCACAGGACCCGGCGCCCUCCGCUUGGACCGAACCGCCGCCGGGCCGGCGCGACCUCCGUGGGCCGAUCUCCCAGGUGUGCGGUUUCCUGCGGAGGAGGAAGUUCAGCUGUGCGCUGAACAGACUGCUGCAGGUGAACGGCUUCAAGGACGCUCUGCUCAAAGUGUGCAGCCGAAUCAUCUCCAGCGAGCGGAAAGAGAUGGUGAACGACCUGGACGGGCCAUACAGGAAGACCUUCAGCCCUGACAGCCUGUCUGUGUUCAGCUGGGAUAAGACUACUUCCUGGGCGGAGGACAAGGCUCCUCUGACUGUGGCCUGCCUCAGGUCCAUGUUCCCCCCUGCAAAGAAGAUCCAGAAACAGACUGUCAACUACAGCCGGGGGAAUAAACCACGGCGGAUGACGGAUGAGGAGGUGAAGCAGCUGCUGGACUGGAGGAUCAGCCUCGUCCUGUCGGUGUCUCUGUAUACCAGCUCGCUCAGAACCUGUUUCCUCCAGAUGGCCUUCAGCGUCGAGAUGCUGCGACAUCGCUGUCCCAUCAAACUCUUCACUGUCACUAACAGCCUCGGCAUCUCUCAGUCCAAAACCACCGCCAGGAUCCACGCCAAGAGGCUCGCCGAGGAGCACGAGAGACGGGUGAAGCAGGGGAGGGACGAGAUCCAGACCACCAGAAAGACUCAGUACUGCAGCGAGGACUCAAAGAAGGCGUUAGCAUUCAGCUUCUCCUGGGGGAAAGUCCAGGUGCCGUCCGUGUCCAGGUCCGACUCCACAGGUCGAGGCUACAACUUUGUGACGUGGGCGUUUCGCUUCGCUCAUCAAAACCGGAUUAACUUCCGCUACCUGCACGGACCACCGAUAAAAGCAGUGGAAGUGUCACCUCACAGUGUCCUGCCGACCAGACAGACGUACGAAUCGCUGCGACAGCGAAUGAAAACUUUAGUGAUGCGUAUCAUCGCCGACAACCUGCUGGCGCUGAAAGGACCGAGAGGACGAGUGGAGAGACACAUCCCUCACAGGUACUCGCACCUGAUGAAGGAGCAGAGCAGCACUGUGAGUCUGGGUGCAGUGAUACCAGACAGCAGCGAGGCGUCAGUGAGCACAGCGCUCGGCCUGAAGGACUAUAUCCCCGUCGUCGCCGGGGCGCUGUACCACAUACUGAGCUGUGGAGACGUCCUCGGGACUGACAAGACCCAGAACCAGAGCCUGGACCCGAGGUACGAUGGACCCAUAGAGGCACCGCUAGAGUUUCAGAAGGAACACUUGUUUCACGAGGACAUGAUGAAGAUGCUCCUCAGCGAGAAGAGUGAGAACGCACGAGGAACUCUUCAUCACAUUGUCUCACUGUUUCACUUCAAGACGUUCAACAACACGGCCAGAGACUACUUCCUGAACCUGUGGGACUUCAUCACGUUUGUGACGACGGCGUACGUAACUCUGUUCGCUAUGACGGACUGCGGUCUGGACUCGGUGCACCAGAGACCACCAGGCUACCCGUCUCAGGUGUCGGCUCAGGUGGACUGGCUCAGUGAUCUGGCUCACAGGCUGGUGGAUCUGGUCUGGAUGGCUCCACCUCAGGAGGACAUCAACACUGCUGCUGCUGCUGCAGGUCAAUGUGACGGAGAGAAGAAGAAGAUCACCCCCUUCUGUUACUGCAGAGAAGAUAAGCCAGGUGAGCAGCUGGUGCGGUGCUGCAGUAACCGGUGUCCAGGUAUCUGGUUCCACGCUUCCUGUGCUCGGGUUCAGACCUGGUCAGACCCUCCUGAGGAGGACUGUGGUGGUUCAGACUGGUUCUGCAGUCCGGCCUGCAGCACAGACGGGACCUACGUGUACUGUCACUGUAAGGAGCAGAGGGGGGGGCCAAUGGUCCAGUGUGGACGGAAGGAGGACUGCAGGAGACACGAGUGGUACCACCAAGACUGUCUGUCAGCAGCCGAGCAGAGCCGAGCCCAGAACACGCCGUGGUUCUGCUCAGAGUCCUGCUUCUUGGCAGCGAGGACUUCCUGUUUAACUACACAAAGGCGGUGCUGUGGGAGGGGCUGUACCAGAUGGCAAGACGGGACGCCAUCCAGGAAGGAGACGGAGACGCCAUGACAGACUUCUGGAGGAUGGACCUGGUCCUGCUGUGGACCAGAAAACACCAGCAGCUGUUUAACAGCGGCCAUCAGAUGAUCACAGGGAUCGAGGGGUUCUACCCAGAGCGGAUCAGACAGGACAUGAAGUGGAACCGAGUGUUGAACCUUCAGGGAACAUCUGGAGGAAACAUCAGCCAGGAUCUCCUGACAGAGCUCCUCAUCAACGAGUUCAAAGGUCGGAUCGCUUCUUCUUCUUCUUCUUCUUCUUCUUCUGUGUCCCUAAAGUUGACUUCCUGUCCUGUCUCAGGUGUUAUCAAGUUUGGUAAAGGCAGCUUCACACCGCAGCAGGUGGAGCAGAGUGCUCACCUGGCCGGAUCUCAGGCCAGACACCUGGACAGAAUCUUCUUCACAGGAGAAAACCCUCUGACCUUGUCCUCGUACCUGUCCAGAG